GCAGUGUGGCAACGCUGCCAAAUCAGCUGCCGGUUUGUUAUUUAACAAAAGUGGAGGAUCAUAGAGCCCAUAAAAUAAUGGAGUUCCUGACUAAAGUGUGGGCCAAAGAGGCAACAGCGCCCGAGGCAAUAGAAGCCAUCACCGGCGCAGCGCAAGAAAAACAAAAUGCAAAGACUGAAAAAGCAUCUGCCAGUAAGGAGACGAGCACCGAAGAAACCACCACUGCUCAAAAGGAUUGGGGCUACGACCUUUAUCCGGAGCGAAGGGGCGAAACCUUCAAGCCCAAAUGGACACGAGUCCUGUUCGGCUUGGAGGGGCAGGAGAACAUUGAUCGUUUCAAGUGCGAGGAGAAUGUGUACUGGUGUGUCAAAAAUGGUCCGCUGGUCAAACUGAUGAUGGGAGCACUGAAAAGUUCCGGUUGUCCCAUCGAUCUGCGCCGACACAUCUCAUGCGAGGUGUGCGACCCCACAGUCACCGGCGGUUACGAUCCCAAGCUCAACCAGAUCGUGGUCUGCCAGAAUAUGGCCAGGAACAAGAGCAUGGUCCAUGGAGUGCUAACGCACGAGAUGAUUCACAUGUUCGACUACUGCAAUAACGACAUGGACUUCCGCAACGUGGACCACCUGGCCUGCACAGAGAUCAGGGCGGCAAACCUGGCGCAUUGCUCCUUCUUGAGCGCCAUGUUCCAAGGAGAUGCCUCGCCAUUUAAUGUCAAGGAAGCGCAUCAGAACUGCGUCAAGUCCAAAGCCCUAGCUUCCGUGCUCGCUGUUCGCAAUAUUAGCAAAGCAGAUGCCGUCGCUGCUGUGGAACGUGUCUUUCCCAAAUGCUAUGCAGACUUGGAGCCCAUUGGCCGGAGAAUCCGUCGCAAUUCCACGGACCAGCAGAAGGCUUACAUGGAGGCACCCAUGUAUGGCUAUGAUGUAUAUUAAAUUGCUUUAUAUAUGCCUUUUCUUUUUUAAGUACCCACCCCCACACAAUGUUAAAUAAAACUAUGUUUUAAGCUCGGGACAUUUUGAAUGUCACACGGCCAGACGGUUUUAUAUUUAAACCU